AGUGUUAUUGGUUCAUUCCCAUCCUUAACUCCCAAGAAACUACUCAUAAAGCAGUGCCCCUCACUCUUCCACUCCUAAUAUGGCUGCACCCAAAAACAACGUUAGUUAUUCAACCUUUUCGAAUGACUAUCGAUAUAGUGUGGUGGCCGAAUGUAAGCUUAGAAUGGUUGGAAAGUUCUUUAAACCAAAACCAAAAAUGACUAAAAUCCGUGUUAGUUUCAGGGCAAAAGUCCCUCUUAAAGGGGUAGUCAAGAUGAAGUCUUAUGAUGAUCUACAUGUGUUUCUUGAUUUUACUAAUGAAGAGGAUUAUGAUUCUGUUUUGUUGAAAGAAAAGGUUGUUGUUGCUGGGGCCCUCAUGGAGGUUUCUAGGUGGACCCCACAAUUUCCUGAUCAAGUUAGAGAAACGUUUGGUAUUAUGGAGCUAGAUAAUACCAAAAGAGAUGAGCAUAUUGGUAGCAGAAAUGAGUACGGGACAAAGAAGUCAGAAGCAGUACCUGAAAAUCCACACAUACAGAAAGAUGUUUUGUAUAUUUCUGAUUCAGUAGAUUGUGUUCCUGAAGUAACUCAUUCUUAUUCCGAGGACAGAAUUGCAAGUCAUGUCAAUUGUGAAACCUCUGAAAUAAAUUCUUCCAUGGAAAUUAGUUGCACUGGGUUUAGUGGCCUUUCACCUGCUCCAAAUGGGAUUGCUGGAAGAAUUUCUUCUGUUACGUAUGAUAGUUCAUCAAGGUGUUCAACAGACUUAGUUCCUUCAGUGAUUAUGAAUAGGGGGCCUUUAAGAGGGACUUGUUUGAACCACAACAACAAAAAGUCAUAUAGCAGAGGGUGGAAUUAUGGAAGCAAGUUAAAUAGUGAAGCAGCUGAAUGGCAGCCUUGUAAAGCACUUAGUCAGCCAUUAUAUGCUCUUCCAAUUGUCGAACACCAUGAGAAUCAGAAAUCAAGACCUCCGAUGGAAGUGCAAUAUUCGACCUAUACGGGAUACCCAACAGUAACCUUUUCAGAGAACCACCGUAAAAGCUUAGUCCCCAAGUAUAAGCUCACUUUGAUUGGGAAUUUCUUCCAUAGGAGGCCAAAAAUGAAAGAAAUCCGAGUUGAUUUCAGUGCAAAGAAUCCUCUGAACGGCCAGGUGAAGAUUAGGGCUUGCACUUGUCGACAAAUAUUACUUUGUUUCACCAAUGAAGAGGAUUACUACACUAUUUUGUACAAGAAAUCACUCUUCGUUGCUGGUGCCGUCAUGCUGAUUUCCUGGUCCCCAGAUUUCCACCAUGAAGUAAAACAAAAUAUUCAUCUUGAUUUCAGAUGCAGCGAUGCAAGUCCUGUUAAUCGGGAUACAGACACCUCUAAACUGCAUCCUUCUAUAGCAACACAAAAUAUGAUUGCAAGAAGUCCUCAUGUUAUGGAUUAUAGUUCAUCAACGUGUUCCGCAUACUCAAUUCCCCCGGUUGUUACGGAUGGGCCUUACAGGGUGACUUCUACGAACCAUAAAAAUAAGGAAAUAGUAGUUUCACAUAGAGAAAGACCUUCCUUGGAGCUGCCAAAUACAAGUUUUCCUCCUAGAAGCCCUCCAAGAAGUAUAGGGUCUGCCAUUCAGUCGAUGUCCAAGUUAUCAAUCUCAGAUAGCUCCAAGCUGACUCAGAAAUCAGUUACCUCGGUCAAUUCAGCUGAAACUGAUGUUUUAUUGAAUGCUGAUCCUCAUAAAGCCAUAGUGCCAACAGUAAGUGUAGCUGGUCGGUUGUGCCCUGAUCCUUCAACAGCUACAGACAUUUAUGUUCUUCAGUCUUAUCCGAAUGGAAUUGUGGGGAGUCCUAUUUUUGGAAGAAACGAACAAGCUGGCCGUGGAAGCACCUUUCCCAACCCUAGCCGAGCCCUGGAUCAGCACAUUCUUGCUUAG